AUGCCCAAACUCAAGGUCCUCAUCUGUGGUGCAGGCAUAGCAGGCAAUGCCCUCGCCGGCUGGCUCUCGAACCUCGACCACGACAUCACUGUCAUCGAACGAUUCCCAAGCCUGCGCGCAAGCGGGCUGCAAGUCGACCUACGGGGCCAUGGCGUCGAGGUCAUGAAACGCAUGGGUAUCGAGAAGGUUGUGCGCGCCAAGACGGUCAACGAGCCGGGGAUGGAGCUCGUGGACAGCUCGGGCAAGUCGAGAGCAUACUUUCCGGCGAACAGGACGGGGCAAGGCCCACAGGCUUUCACGAGCGAGUUCGAGAUCAUGAGGGGAGACUUGUGUCGGAUUCUCUAUAAUGUGGCGAGGCCUCGCGUCAAGUUCCAGUGGGGCAUCUCUGUACAGAAUCUAGACGACAAGGGCGACUUUGUCGAGGUCCUGUUCUCGGAUGGCACGACGGAUCGGUUCGACCUGGUAGUGGGCGCCGACGGCAUUUCGUCACGUACUCGAAGGAUGAUGCUGGGCCCUGGAACGCCCGACAUGAUCGACUACAUCGGGGUCUGCAUAUCCUAUUUCACCAUUGCACGAGAAGCACAGCCAGGGGAAGAAUGGACGGCAAAAGGGUACUUCGGCACUGGCAAGCGAUGGAUUCUCACACGACGGAACGAUCCACACCGGCUUCAGGUAUAUCUGGGCUGCGACGCAGUGAGAUUGCAGGACGUCAAGAAAGGUGAUGUUGCAGAGGAAAAGAAGGCCCUGCAGAGGAUCUUCCAGGGCAUAGGCUGGGAGAUUGCGGGUAUCUUGAAGUCGCUGGGGGACACAGACGAUCUCUACUGUGAGCGUAUCGGCGUUGUCAAGAUGCCGUCGUGGUCCAGUAACCGCGUGGUCCUUGUCGGCGAUGCGGCACACUGUCCCACGCCAAACGCAGGGAUGGGCGUCACCUCCAGCCUCGUUGGUGCGUACGUUCUUGCAGGGGAGAUCGGCCACGCCCAAUCCGACACUGAUCUUCUGAGCGCACUGAAAGCCUACGACCAAAAGUAUCGCCCUUUUAUUGACCGGCUUCAGCAUGGGAUCUCGAGCAAGAAGUCAUGGCUUCGCAAGCUUUUCGACAAUAUUGUCGCAACACCGUUUGGCGUCCGGGUCCUGUAUUGGUUCAUUACGCUCAUUGGUCUCCUGAGGCUGGACAUUGUGAUGAAGUUCUUUGGACACGAAGACACUAAGACCUGGCCUCUGCCGGACUACAAGAUUACAUGUGCCUCGGGGGACGAGGGGGAGGAGGAGGAGGACGGAGAGGAUAGGACAUAA